AUGAGUGAAGCAAGUGGUAGGGAUUACGAUGAUAUCUACAUGCCAACAGUACCUCAACAGAAGGCGAUCAGUUUUCUGGUCUUGCCGUUUUGCUUGUUAUCAUUUUUGGGGUCGGCAGCUAUUGUUCGUUAUGUGCUGAAAGACAAGAAGAAAUCAGCUUACAGGAGACUGAUGCUGUCCAUUUCAAUCUGCGACAUGAUAUCUACAUCGAAUUUUGCGUUUCAUCCUUUUCUAGGACCUGCUGAUAGCAUCAGGGCGUGGGUAUAUUUUGUGGGGAACGAUGCAACAUGCACUGUACUCGGUGCACUUGGUCAGUUUUCUUGGUCGACACACCUAUAUACUGCAUCUCUGUCGUAUUAUUUUGUGCUGACCGUCCGAUAUGGCGUGAGAGAUGAAGUUUUCGCCAGGAAAUUGGAACCUUGGAUUCACGCUGUCGUUAUGACAUGGUCAUUCUCCACUACUAUCAGCGGAAUAGUGAUGGAUGCGUAUCAUGAAAGUGAAACCAGUCCAAGCUGUUGGGUGUCAGCCAAGCCAGGCGAAGACUGUUGGAAUGAUAGUUGUGGUGCCGAGAGACUUGCUUGGAUCUUUGGAGGCAUUCCGAACGUAUUCUGUUUCCUGUCUGUCACCAUCAACAACAUCCUAUUGUACCGUUAUGUCCGGAGAACUAUUGUUACUAGCCAGAGGAAUGCCAGACUAGCGGAGGAUAGAAUGUCAAAGGAAUUCAGCCAAAGGGAUUUAUCAAUGGCCGAUAUGAAAGAGUCUUUGAGUCCAGUAAGCAAACAGGAUGCGCCGAGUCCUCAAAACAAGGAAAACGGGAGUGAAAAACCAAUGUUUGCUUCCUUCAGGGGUACUCGCAAACCAAAGAGUAUUAUGCGGUCUUCGGACAGACUAUGGGAAAGGGUGCGACAAGUGGGUAUCCAGUCCUUUCUAUAUGUCAGUUCCUACAUUCUCUGCUUUGGGCCGACUGUUAUUAGGCAAAUGCUGGAUGGAAGAGGCGUCGAAAAGACGGAAGGUGCGAGGAAGAUCUUUCUUCCCUUGCUAUUCAUUCAGGGCAUCCUUUUACCUUCACAGGGAACAUUCUUCUGCAUCAUCUUUUUUCGCCCCAAGUAUUUGCAGAAUCGGAAGAUGCAACCCGACAGAUCUCGAUUUUGGGCCGCCAUCAGUGCAAUGAAAGUGGAGAAGAAACGGGUCUUGGUGAUCCAGGAACCUCCAAAACACAACCGACGCGGCACUGAUAAUGUUCUAAAGGCAGUCGACGAGAAUCAAGAAGUAGCGGAUGUGGAUGCUGGCGAAGCUGGUGUAACACGACUAUCAGAAAUGUCCGACAGUAGCAGCGUCGAUUCGGUCAUGCCAUCUGUGUCAAGUCGGGUGGAUACUACUGCCGGUACAUCGACCCAAACAUCAUCUCCUGCAGCACGAAGGUCGAUCAUCUCAAUCUUGAGUGGGGCUAGUCACCGAAGAAGCACAGCAUCCUCGGGGGAAGAUAUAACUGCUACAUCCAUGUCGUGUUCGAGUGAUCUGAAGCUGAGCAAUAAUUUCUCAUCGGCUGCCGAUCAUCCUGAAGGAUCGUCUUCUCACGAAGCCUCUGAAUCCAGUGAUGCAAAACGAACUUUUUUGAGGGUGGAUGGCUUUGAUAUUCCUGUGAACUCCUCGCUUUACAGUACAUGA